AUGGCAGAAACCUGCUUUUCUGGGCCCUGUGGUCCCAUGUCCUCAGCUGUCUCCAUCUGCUCCAGUGACAGGAGCUGUGACAGCAACGUCUGCCUGCCCGGUUCGUGCACAGGCUCCUCCUGGCAGCUGGACGACUGCCCUGAGAGCUGUUGUGAACCCAGCUGCUGUGGCCCCUCCUGCUGCCCAAACCCCUGCUGCACGCCAACCUCCUGCCUGACCCUGCUGUGCCUCCCAGUCUGCUGUGUGCCCGCCACCUGCCAGAGAGCCUGUGAACCCAGCCCCUGCCAGUCUGUCUGCACCUCCUCCUGCUCACCAUCAGGUUACCAGCAGUCCUGCUGCCAAGACCCUAGCUGCUCUGCCUCCCCCUGCUCAGUGCAGUCCUGCUACUGUGUCCCUCUGUGCUGCAAGCCCAGCUGCUGUGUGACCACAGCCUGUUGUCCAGCCUCCUCCUGCUGCCAGCCUAGCUGCUGCCACCCUGCCUCCUCUGUGUCCCUCAUCUGCAGGCCCGUGUGCAACCCAGCUGCCUGCUGUGUGCCUCUCUCCUGCAGACCCUCCUGCUGCACCACUACUGGCUGCCAGCCAGCCUGCUCCGUGCCUGUCUGCUGCAAGCCCAUCUGCUGUGUGCGUCCCUGCUGCCGCCCAGCCUCCUGUGUGGCCCUGCUCUGCCGCCCAGCGGGCACCGUGGUGACCGGCUGCCAGGCACUCUGUGGAGCUGGCAGCGGCUCCCCCUCAUGCUGUGUGUCCAGCCCCUGCCAGUCCACCUGCUGCCAGGCUGGUCCCUGUCAGACCACCUGCUCCCAGGAUAGCCCUUGCCUGUCCACCUGCUGCACACCAGUCUGCUAUAAACCUGCUAUCUGUGUACCCAUAUGCUACAAGACUGUGACCUAUGUCAUCCCAUCCUGCUGCCAGCCAGCCUCCUGCACCUCCCUGCUAUGUGGACCCUCCUGCACCCCCUCCUGCUGCUGA